UGUAGCAUAAGUCGACUUAAAGUGUAAAACAUGAAAACGAGAAUAAAAUCUGAUAAAUAAAUCUUUGAAAAAUAUAAAACAGUGCGCAUGUUUGAAAUUUAUUUUGAAGCACUUUGAGAAAUACACCAUAAUUUAUAUUUGUGAUUAAGAAUGUUUCAGGACACGCUGCUUAUAAUCAAGCCGGACUAUAUGCAGAAGCGUCGUCCGGUGCUGCUGAAGGUGUUAGCUUCCGGAUUUCAGAUACAGGGCAGUCGCAAGUUAAAUUUUUCGCCUGAGCUGGCAGCCGAGUUCUAUUCAGACUUUGUGGAUGAGAAGGGUUUCAUGCUAGAGGUGAUAUUACUCUCUAAGGGUGUUUCCGAGGCCUUUAUACUUACCAAAGAGAACGGAGUACAGGACCUGCUGAAUGUUAUGAUAUGUUAUUUUGGCACCGCCUCGGAGCUGGAACGCAAUAUCCACGUAACUAAGCAUUUGAAUAGUGUGGCCCGCGAAAUAACCUUUAUAUUUCCGAACUAUAUCCACGAGCCCAUUGAACUAUUCGAUAAAAAUCGCUUUCGCUGUCGUCCAAUGCUGAAGCCAUUGCUUUCGGAAAUCUACGAUAUUUUACAGAAUGUUGAUUGCAGCCAGGAGGAUUGGAAGAUCCGUGUGUCCGAUUAUUUGAUGCGCAGUAAUCCCGUCGUGCCGCAGAUCACCAAUCAGUGCCAGUUGGUGCCCGAUCUGUGCGUGCAGGAGAAGUCGCAACAGACUACCAUGACAUACAAGUCGGCAGAUAAGGAUGCCAAGCCUAAAGAAAAGAUUUCGAGCACUACCUCUGUGCUGUCCAGCACUUCACCGCACAGCUCGCUGUUACUAACUACAUCAUCUUGUGUGACUUGUGGUGGAUUCGACCACACCGAGCCAUGUACAGAAGAUAUAGAUCUUAAUAAACGUGUGGAGCCGCAGAGUGAUGAACCUGUAUGCGUCGAUGAGGAGAUUAUUUGGAAGGAGAUCAUUGUGUACGAAGAGGCUGUGGAAGAGCAGUCCGAGCAGAAAGAGUUUCCUGAUGUAUUUGGUGAAGACGAAUUUGCAAUGUUCGAACAGGGUAGUACUUCGCUGUCCGAUUGUAUACCGACGGGAGCCACACCGCCACGAAAAGAACAAAAAGUUGACGCUGACCUAGGAGGAGGUCAACCUGAUGCAGCUCCAGCAGCUGACGAGGCAGUUGACAAAGCAGCGGCUGAUGUGGAGGAACCGCCGGGUGGCGAGGCAUCAGCAGCGGCUGAAGAGGCACCACAAGAAGCUGCAGAGGCACCACCACCAGCAGCUGAAGAGGCACCACCUGCUGCUGACGAACCACCACCAGAAGCUGAAGGCUAAUCAGCACCUGUUGCCCGCGUUUUUAUGAUUUACCAAACAUUUUGUUUUCAUUUCUACUCUAACAAAAAAUUGCUGGUGUACAUAAAAAAGCCAAACAACCAAACACCCAAACAACCCAAACAAGAACCUGGACGAACCAACGAUAUGCAAUGCCCCACAAUCGCCCACCUAACUGGACGCCUCCCUUCAGAGGUCCUGCAAUGCGCACUCGCCGUGCCCAGGCUGCAGGCUACAUAGCUUGCAAUUUUCACUCACCAGCACUCGUUGCACUCACACUCGAGAGUGGUUCAACUGUGGCAGUGGUAGUGGCAGUGGCAGUGGCAAAGUGGCAGUGCAACAGGAAGAGCAGCAGCAACAGCGACCCAUCGUAAGCAUUAGCAGUUUUUAUCCCGUAAAUCGUUUUUAUUUUGUGCUUUCCACAUUCGAAGUGUUCAAUAAAAAA